AUUGAGUCUCCGGCCUUCGAUGCAAACGGUUCGUCCGCCAGAGUAGAUAGUAGAUACACAUAAAGAUAGAUACCUUGGGGCUCUGCUCUUUAAGAGAUACUUUCGAAGAUACAUUUUUAUUAUUUCUCUGUUCGCGAAUCGGGAUACAAGUCGCUCCGAGAAAACGUGAGAUAUUUAUUUUUUAUUUUGUAUCAUCUGUUUAUUUUAAGUGGUGAAUUCAAUUUUCCGGGAUAAAGGAUAUAUUUAAGGAUUCACAAGAGAGAUACACCCAUGUAUCUGUCAUUUCUCAAAACGUGAGACGAAGUGUGAAAACUCGAAAUAAUUUCUCAAAACUCACAAAUGAUAAAUUAUACAGAUAUCCCCCCCAAAAAGGAAAGUCGGAUGAAAUUUUAAUCCCGGGGAAAGAUAAAUAAAAUGAAGAAAUCUAAUUAAAACAAAUUUAAGCUAUUUUAAAAAGGAUAUCCAUGUUGGAAUGAGGAUGUUCGUAUUCGGAGAAAUUGUCUGUUCGUUGUAAUUUUUUAAGUUUUUCUUUGAAAUUUUGAAUUCUUUUUAAAACAACCGUCAUCGUUGUCGUCUUGCCUUGAAAACUGAGACACUAUUCAAUAAAACAAAAAAAAGUAUUUCUAAAGAAUCGAUGGUAUUGAUUUAACGUAUUUCCGCUUUUUGUUUAUUUUGUUUUAACGACGAGUUUUUUUUUGCAUUAGGUACAUUUAAAUUAAGACCCAAAUUAUGUGAUAAAGAAGAUAUAUGUACGACAAGUGUAAGUGUUGAAGCAAGCAGCACCUAUAAAAAAAAAGUGACAAGAAAGAAAAGCUCAGCUUAACGCGUCUCAUAAUAAAAUCUAAAAAUAAAAUAAGGCUAGUCUAUAUAUCGUUCUCCUUGAAUUAUUGCUAUUUUUUUUUGUUUGUCGUUUAAUCUAAAACAACCCUCCCGGCUAAUGUGUCUGUACAUAAAACCUAUAUGUGUGUUUUUAUUUUUUUUAAAGUCGAUUGAGUAACGUCUAUUUAUCAAACUGUUUAUUUUUGUUGUUUUUCGAUAUAAUGAAAUAAAUCCACGACGUCCUUUUUGUUGAUUAAACGCAUAUAUAUAUUUGAGUUCAACGUUUUUUUUUUAUUCAUCCCCUUCAUCUAUAUUGACACGUGUGAAGUAUAUUUUUUUUUUUGCUUUACCUAUAGAUACAAUCUAUAUCUACACAUGAAAUUUAUUUAAACCAUCAUUGUGAAUCUUUGAGUACAUAUACAACCUACAAAUAAAUAUAAAAAAUUCAGAUAUAUAGAAAGUACCUAUCCUCAGGUGGUUUUGGUUCCUCUUACUUUUUUUUUUUGUUAUAUCGUGCGACUGGGCAAUAGGUCAUCAUCAGUUGGUGUGUCAUAAAAAAAAAAGAAAUAUUUCAAAACGUGUAAGCACACGAGAUAUAGUCUUAUCAAUACAACAAUGCGGGUUAAGGUCGGCAAAAGGAUUUUAAUGAGACGGAAUAAAUCGAAAUUUAAGGAUAUUCACAUACAACCGCAUGAAGUAACCGAAGGCGCGUUGCAGAUAUGGCGAACACUGCCAGAGAAAAUUCGUCAAGAUCCCAGCCUUGCGUCAUUCCGGCAGGAACAUGAACGGCUUCAUGCAGGCGAAGCUCUUCAAGAUGAAGAUCCUCUUCCAUCCGAAGAUAUGAAUGCAUUGGAUGAGGCUACAAUUCAACACAAUAAUAAUUCAAUAGAUCCCAACGCACCUAUUAGAAUAAAUAUUACAAAUGAAUUGGGCCAAAUGCAUGGAAUAGAUGGCAGAGGGCAUAAUACCAAAAUCGAACAUUCACAUCAAAUAGAUGAUAUGAUGGAUACAACACAUGAUCAUAAGAAGAAAAAGUGGCCAAAAUGGACAAAAAUAAUAAUAUUAUUGAUUGUUUGGGGACUUUUUACUGGAUUUUUGAUGACAACAAAUGAAAAAGUUGUCGAAAGAAAAUUACUUUCCGUUCCACCUGCACAAAUACCUAAAGACUUCAUCGUUAGCAAUAUACCAAAAGGACUUCGCCUUGGUGUAACGCUAGAUGGUGCAUUUGCUUCAGCCCAUACCACCAACAACCUGACCACCAGCUAUUUAUAUGUUUUCGUGCAGCUUUUAUAUCUUGGUAAAGAAGAACUAACCACAUCAAAUGAGAGCACAUCCAUGCUGCAGGAAGAACUUCAAAUUACCCACACCCAAAAUCUCAGUGAAGUUUGGAAACUUCCUUUGCUAGAUGAGGAAUUGUUUGACUUUGCCCCUGAAGUGCGUCGAUCAAAGGUGUUCACAAUCGACAGUGCUAGAUUUGCAAAGAUCCCCAGUGAGAAAGCUGCCCUACGAAUUCGAAUGAAAGCUGAUGCAAAUCGAGGUAUUCCACUGCAGUUUAGCUAUGAUGACACUCCAAUCAACAAGGAUAUGGGUGUUGUCUAUGCUGCUCUAGUCCUCUGCGGUUUGUACAUAAUGAUCAUUUGGGAAGUAGUAAAUCGAACUUUUGCUGCAAUUAUUGCAUCAACCAUGGCGAUUGGUAUACUAGCAGCCUUGGAUGAACGUCCACCAAUGGCACAGAUCAUGUCGUGGAUCGAUGUGGAAACACUUCUUUUGCUCUUUGGAAUGAUGAUAUUGGUGGCUAUUUUGUCGGAAACUGGUAUUUUCGAUUAUCUUGCUGUGUUUGCUUAUAAGAUCACAAAUGGAAAAGUUUGGCCUCUGAUCAAUUGUCUUUGUUUGUUUACGGCCGUUAUGUCAUCAUUUCUUGACAAUGUGACGACAGUCCUCUUAAUGACACCAGUCACGAUACGUCUUUGUGAAGUUAUGGGUCUAAAUCCAGUGCCAAUUCUAAUGUGCAUGAUCAUCUACUCCAAUAUCGGUGGAGCUUUGACUCCAGUUGGAGACCCUCCAAACGUUAUCAUUGCUUCGAACAGUUUUAUUGCCAAAAAUGGAGUCAACUUUACAGUCUUCACAGCUCAUAUGCUGAUCGGAGUCCUUGUUGUUAUGGUUCAAACGUACAUUCAGUUACGUUACAAAUUCCGAAAUAUCAAUGAUCUCCGAUUCAAUGAAGCUCAAGACGUACAGGAAUUACGUCAUGAAAUCACUGUCUGGCAGAGAGCUGCUGCAUCUCUUUCCUCGUAUUCAAAGGAUGAAGAUUUGGUCCGUGAAACUCUGACAAGAAAAGUCAAUCGAUUGAAGAGAAAUCUCAAGAAGAAGAUUAAUUCAGGGGCCACUGAGGGUGACACCUAUGAACAGACUCUUGGACAGUUGCAGGCUAAAUAUCCCAUUCGAAGCAAGUCAUUGCUGUAUAAAUCAGGAGUUGCUCUGGUAUUUGUCAUCAGUUUGUUCUUCUUGCAUUCGGUACCAGAAAUGCAGAGGCUUUCACUCGGUUGGACUGCCCUUCUUGGAGCAAUUCUUUUACUCAUUUUAGCUGAUCGGGAAGACAUGGAAUCAGUGCUAGCUCGUGUGGAAUGGUCAACUUUGCUCUUCUUUGCUGCGUUAUUUAUUUUAAUGGAGUCACUAUCAGAACUUGGUUUGAUUGAUUGGAUUGGCAAAAUGACAGUAAAUGUUAUUUUGUCUGUUGGAGAAGAACAUAGAUUGGCUGUUGCAGUUUUACUUAUUCUUUGGGUAUCUGCGAUAGCAUCAGCUUUUGUUGACAAUAUUCCAUUGACGACAAUGAUGAUUAAAAUUGCCAUUUCACUUGCACAAAACAAAGACUUGCACUUACCAUUGCAACCAUUAGUGUGGGCUUUGGCAUUCGGAGCCUGUUUGGGAGAGUCGUAUUUUUCAGGAAAUGGCACAUUAAUUGGUGCUUCAGCGAAUGUUGUGUGUGCUGGUGUAGCUGAACAACAUGGUUAUAGAUUCACAUUUUUGGAAUACUUUAAAGUUGGCUUCCCAGUUAUGAUAGGAAGUAUUUUAGUUGCAACUGUCUAUCUUAUGAUCGCACAUGUUGUAUUCCAAUGGCAUUGAUAAUUCAUCGAAAAAGUACACAAAUUACGAAUUAAAAUAAUGAAUUUAAUAUCAAAAUAAGGAUCAUCAUAAAACAGACGUUAUUUGCAUAGAUAUUAGAUAUGCAUUAGAAAUCUGCAUAUUAAUUGAUAAUAAACUCACUCAAAUUCAUGAUGAAAAAUUAAUAGGUAUUUAAAAUAAAAAAUACAAAAUUUGUCCUUAUAAAAACAACAAAACAAUGAAUUUAAAUCAUUCUAAAAACAAAAACAAAAAACAUUGAUUGUAAAAAACUUAAUAAACAAUGCGAAUUUAAGAAGAAACUAAAAAAAAAAAUAUAAUUAUAUUUUUCAAAGAGAUACAUAUAUAUAAACAUUUAUUUUUACACCAAAUAUUUGUUAUACUAACAACUAGAGAUAGUUUUA